AUGUUUGUUUGCAAUGACUUACGUGCUGAUACCCCUUGCUACAAUGGUCACUACUCUACUGAUAUAACAUAUACUCUAACUGAUUCAUUCAAAGUUCAAACCCUUACUGCUCGGCUGCUCCACCGUUUUCUCUCUCCUUCCUCCCGUUUUCUCCUUCGAUCUCCUUCGAUCUUCUUCCUCUACGAUCUUCUUCGAUCUUCUUCCUCAAAAAUUACGCCCUUCGUUCUCAACUCCAUCGCAAUUUCAAUCAUAAUGAAUUGCAAAUCUGGAAUUAGUCCGCUCCAGGGUUCUUUAAAUUUGGGUGAAAUUCCUGGGUUUGAUCGAUCUUCUUCAAUUAUCGGGAUUUUAGUUAAUUUUUAGUUUGCUGAGGUUUCUGCAAUUUAUUUUUGAGAAAAUGGGAAAGCGUGGAAAUAAUCAGAAGAAAGCCCCUCAGAAUUUGAAGAAAAUGAAGCUGAAUAAUGAAGAUGUGAAAAAAUUCAGUAGUAUGGAGGAUGAAAUUGAUGUCUGUAAGUAUUCUCCUUCUUAUUGUUCUUAUAAUUAUUGUAUUGAGUUUGUAUUUAUUAGAAAUAUUGAGUUUGUAUUGAUUUCUUUGAUUAAUUAAAUUGUAGAGUAUUUCUUUGAAUUAUUACAGAGUAUUUCUUUGAAUUAUUUUAGUUUGUAGAGUAUACCCUAUGAUUUUAU